CUGAUUUUAAUUCCACAUAAGCAUAUUUCACAAAGAUUCGUGUUUUAAAGACGGGACUUAUACUUUGACAACGUGACCUAAAUGCGAUGUGUCAGAAUUAAGUUGUUAGCUGUCGCCUCUAACUAACUUUUAGCGAAACUUGUAACUUUGCUAUCAAUGUAAAUCCGCUGCUUUUCACGGAAAUGCAUGAAACGUAUGAAACAGCACGCUAAUACCCACGUGCACUAUUAUGGUAACUUCUCUAAACGUCAAGAAAUGACGUAACGUCCGGUUACUUGAUGGUGGUGUCCAGGGCUGCGAAAGCUACGAAGGUUGUUCUGUGGCAGUCUGUCUGUCACCUGUCAAAUGUUCACGCAUGUUGCAUGCCCUGUGAAGUGAAGCCUCGGUUUGUGGUCCUGUAUGGGUCUCAGAAGGGCCAAGCCCAGUCCAUAGCAGAAGGGAUAGCCGAGGAGGCGGAGGAGCACGGGCUGGUUGCAGAUCUCAGCUGCUUGAAUGAGAACGAGAAGUACAAUUUGGAGAAGGAGAGUACCCCAGUGGUCUUUGUUGUUUCUACUACUGGAGAUGGGGAACCGCCGGAUAAUGCCUUAAAAUUUGUAAAGCGCAUCAAGAGGAAGACCCUCUCCACUGACCACUAUAAGCACCUUUCUUAUGCACUUUUAGCCUUAGGAGACACAAAUUAUGCAAAUUUCUGCAACUGUGGCAAGACCAUUGAGCGCCGUCUACAAGAACUCGGAGCCAAGCAAUUCUAUGCUACGGGUUAUGCAGAUGAUGGUAUAGGGCUGGAGUUGGUUGUGGAUCCCUGGCUUGGGGGACUGUGGAAAGCCAUCAAAGAAUCCUUAUCAAAAAUGGCUUCUGUUGGGACAGCUCACUUGAAAGAGAGCCCAGAGGAUUCAACCAAAGAAACUCCAGAUUCAUCAGUUCCAGAUGUCCAACUGAACCUCUUAAGCAUCGCUGACCAGCAGAACUGCGAGUCAGUCAGAGCAUCUGUACCGGCGGACUCCAAAUUUGCAUCUGUUGCUUCAUCUUCAGUUUCUGCCGCUUCUGAUCUCAAGCCAGCUUCUCCUGCGGGGAGCCCUGGGUUGGCAUCCCAGUCUGGUGACGCUGCCAGUGUUUCCACAUCAGCAUCAAAAACACACACAGAGGAAACUGGAGUUCCCCACGUUGCACUGGCACACUCACUGUCAUGCUCCGUGCCACCCCUGUCUGAGUCCUCGCUCAAUGUUCCUGCUCUGCCUCCUACCUAUCUAGAUGUUUCUCUUCAGGAGGUGGACACUAUGGAAGAGAUUGUGGGGCCAUUAAACAAAGAGGCUCUUCAUCAGGUGCCUAUAUCCAAGGCAGUUCAACUGACCAGUGGAGAUGCAGUCAAGACAGCACUUCUCCUGGAACUGGAGAUCUCUGCUUACCCAGUGUUGGCUUAUCAACCAGGGGAUUCCUUUGAUGUGUUCUGCCCAAACAGGGCCGCAGACAUGGACCACAUGCUCCACAGGCUGGGCCUUCACAGCCAAAGGAACCACCAUGUCAAUAUUUCUCUGCAAAAAGACACUAAGAAAAAAGGUGCCCAGGUGCCACCCUACAUCCCACAGAAUGUUUCUCUCCUGUUUUUGCUCACAUGGUGUCUGGAGAUCAGAAGUGUUCCUAAGAAGGCGUUUCUGCGAGCUCUGGUGGAGCAUACAGGGGACAGCGUGCAGAGGAGGAGACUGCAGGAGCUCUGCAGUAAACAAGGUGCUGCAGACUACAACCUGUAUGUGAGAGACCCGAGCCUCAGCGUUUUGGAGCUUCUUACAGCCUUCCCAUCCUGCUCACCUCCUCUCAGCCUCCUUAUAGAGCAUUUGCCAAAACUGCAACCCCGGCCUUAUUCAGCAGCCAGCUCUCGUCUUAGACACCCAGGAAAGCUUCAUUUUGUCUUCAACGUGGUAGAGAUCCCAGCAUGCUCCGGCCGGCCCGCGGGGAGGCGAGGCUUGUGUACUGGCUGGCUAUUUGACCUCAUCAAUCCUGGCCUGGUUUUCCCUGGGAAGGCUGAUUCGUCCAGCAGCCCAGCGCUGCCAAAGAUCCAUGUGAGUUUGAGACCCAACGCGUCUUUUCGGCUUCCCCCUGAUCCAUCAGUGCCCUUCAUCAUGGUUGGCCCAGGCACCGGAGUCGCUCCAUUCAUCGGCUUCCUCCAGCAAAGAGAGGAGGAGAGACAGACGAACCCCGAGGCCAUAUUUGGAGAGACCUGGCUGUUCUUUGGAUGCCGCCACAGAGACCGAGACUACCUGUUUCGAGAGGAACUCGAGGGCUUUGUGUCCAGAGGUAUCCUGAGCCACCUCAUGGUGUGUUUCUCCAGGGACCACGGGGAGCACGAGGACGCCGCCACCUCAGCCGCACGUCCCAGAUAUGUCCAACACAAUCUGCUGCUUAACAGCCAGCACAUCACUGACGUCCUGCUCAAACAAAACGGUUACCUCUAUGUCUGCGGGGAUGCUAAAAACAUGGCUAAAGACGUGAAUGAGACCUUGGUGGAAAUAAUUAAAACGGAGCUGCAGGUGGACCAACUGGACGCCAUGAAAAGACUGGCAGGGCUUAGAGAAGAGAAGCGCUACUUACAGGACAUCUGGGGCUGACAGUUGAUGAUUAGAUAAGGGCACUUUGCAGGAUUCACGGGGCUUUCUUAAACCUUCUUUAAAAAAAAAAAUAAAAAAAACAGCAUCCUCAGCUGUGACCCAGAGAACCAUAAAAUUGUCGUGCCGAAGCCUGGAGAUAGUUUACACAACUCAGUGCUGCCAAGAAGGAAUGCACCACACUGACCCGGGGAUAUCGGUUCACUACACCAUCUUUGGCUUUGCUUUUUGAACAGAAAUGACCUUGGUCAGGGCAGUGGUGCUGCAGAUUAGUCCUGCAGUGUGGAAAUGCUUUUAGUGUAGACAAGCCUCCUCCGUUUGUCCUUGCCUGGAAAAAAAAAAGAGGCAUUUACUUCCGUUGGCUGUGAUGGAGUGAUUUCGAUGGGGUCGAGAACGGGAUAUCGCUCCUGCGUAGAUGGAAACAACUCAGCAAUCUGUAGCUGUUAAACAAAACACACACGGGAAAUGGUUUAUGAUCAUUCAGGUAUAAAAGUUCGGCUGCUCUUUGCAAAACUACUACGCCUUCUUCAUUUUACCUUAAGUCUCAAAUUUCAAAUGCAGGUUUUAAUGUAUGCGAUCCUAAAAAAGGGCUGAUUGACAGCUGUAUAAUUUAACUCCACGGAGAUGAGGGAGGAUUUUCAGUCAUUUAUCAUUACCGCGUGUCAAGACUCAAGCACAGAGGGCGUGAUUCUCAAUGAUAAUGCAAAGGCCCGACUAGAGCAAUUUAUCUAACUGACUUUGUUUGUGCCUGUCUGCCCCCACACACCCAGCAGAGUGCCAGCUUUGGAGGCAGCGAACUGCAAACUUUUCUAAGUCCCGAAAAACCGACUAAAACCUCUCAAACUGUGGGUAAAACAAACACAUCUGUGCUUUGUGUGAUCGGGAAAUAAAAGACAUUUCACAGUAAACCUUUGUUGUCUCGCGUUUCUCUCUGCUGCGCACCCACAGGUGUGUUUGUAGAUGACCUUACACGCGUACGUUUGAAGUGCAUGAAAAGGAGGGGCGUUUGAGAGGCAAUGGGAAUUAUAUGGCGCUAAUGAACUCCGAUUGAUUGGGAGCGAUUGUUUUAUUUAAAUUUAAAGAUAAUUUGAUUGUUCAAGGUGACUUUGGUCAGAAGAUGAAGGCUUGCUCUGCUAAUUGAAGACUUUUCACAAUAGGCUUCUUAGUGCAGCGCAGAACCCCAGAGAGAGGCUUCUCAGAAUUAAAUCUUCUAACAGCGGUCUUCUUUAUUUAUCCUCUUGUAGGAGGGGGGGGGGGAAGAAAAACAUGUUUACAAUCUUCACCACUGCCUGAGCUGUAGAUGACAACUCAUUCGCUACUUAUUUUUUUUUAAUUUUCUUUUUUUUUUCCAACCACAAAACACAACAUUUACUUUGGCAGGAAACAAUCCCUGAUAGUGAAUAAUUGGUUUAAUACAGUGUCAUCAAAGGUGGAGCUGUCCUUGUGUUUGUCCAGGCGCAGCUGGCUGCACCUCCUCACUCUCAUCUCUCACCGUCCCGCUGCUUCACCAAGUCACCGAAGCAGAGGAGGACGAAAUCAAAAUAAUGAUGCUGUGUUAAAUCUAACGGCGUCACCAAUCUCAUCUCGCACUCAUAUGCAUACACACACGCGCGUGGUGCGUGGCCUCUGUCGAGUUCAAAGCUGCAAUCUGAUGCUGCAGAGAUUAAAUGCCGGUACACAAAUUGCAACAAGAAACAAAGUUUAAUCAAAGUGACGUGACUGUAAUCGCUCUGCCCUUAUUUACCUGCUCUAUUAACAUGCCCUCGUCUCCAUUUAUAAAAAAUGAUCCCAGCGUAGAGCCUGACGGCUGCUUAUGUCACCCUGUCCAGCGACCACCUACGACUGAUGAAGUAUUAAAUUAUGUGUUGAUAAUUAAAAAGGCUCACAGUGGCAGUUUUGUCCUGCAGCGCGAGUGAAAGACGGAGCCGAGGAGACGGUCAGGAAUAAAUCAGAGUGCUGGAGGUCAGCGCGACCGCAGAACAGUAGCACCUCCGUGAUCGAUGCUCCUUGUUAAGAAUGGCUUAAAUGAAGCAGAAAGAUGUGUGCUGAAGAUAAUGACUCUUAUUAUGGAAGUGUUGAGUGAGCCAAGUGGGGAGAUGCACUUUAUGUCAAUGAGCUCUGAGAAUUUUUGAGAAGACCUGCUUAACAUUCGACUCCUCGGUGCAGAAAGUACAAGUAGCGAUGAUGAUGAUGAUGAUGAGGGGGAGAGUCACUGGACCUCCCACACGCUCCCUCCCUGAGGUCUGCUAGGAUGGUUCCUUAAUUAGGCAAGUGACAGUAUGUCCAAUUCAUUUGGCAAAGGUCCUCAGACAAUAUGACUAACGCUCAAACAACGGUGGGAGUUUUGAAAGUAAACCGCAAGUUUUGACCCUAUGGAAGAUUUCGUUUUCAGAUGCAGUGUGUGUGUGUGUGUGUGUGCAUGCAGGAAAUGGGUAGUGUGUGUUUGCUUUAGCUAAAACUGAUAGUUGCCCUGAAUGGCUCAAUUUUUUUAAAGUGCGUUUGGUCAAUCCAAAAUGUAAAUUUAAGUCAAAGCUGACUAUUUAAUAACAGUAAAAGUGAGGUUUAGGCUUUUGUAGGAGAACGUCUGUGUGUGCACAAUUAAGAGUGCAGAAUUACGAUGCGACUACAUGACAAACAAUUUCACUACCUGGAUUAUUUUCAUUUGUUGAACUCUUUGCCCCAUAAAGAUGAUCUCCUGCACCCGGAAUGAUGAGUUCUGAUAACUCAGUAGGUAUCAAUAAAGACCUGGUUUUGCAACCUUUAGAAUAGUUUUUGAGUUUUUCUGAGGACAGGAAUUGGUAAGCAGGCCUGAAAUAUGACACAAACUCAAUUCAGAAAGGAGCUUCAAGGGUUACUCCCAGUAGACUUUCAAGGGGUAAAAAAUUAAGGUCUUUGCUGGCUAGUGGAUGCGAUGGAGCAUUGUUAUAACCUUCUUGCAUCACUGCGUGAAUAAAGUGUUUUCUAAAAGCAGGCGGUAGAUUUCUGAGUUCAUUUUGAGUUCAUUUUCAACCUGAAAAGGUCCAACUAGCUCAUCGUUAAUAACACCAGGACCCCAACUCCACCUUGCUGGCAUCAUUAGAAGUGGAGCUCUAUUUCCGUUACUGAUCCAGAUAUUUCUUGGCGUAGUGUUGACAUUUUGACUUAUGUGUCUUGUUCAGUAGUGGUCGUGUUCUUACUUAUGACAGCAUUGGAGCUGCAAGAUUUACACUUGAUUCUUCUCAAAUCUUCUGCAGUUAAUUUGCACCCCCCCCCCCUUUUUAGAGUUUUUUGGUGGGUCUGUGAUUACAGCCCAACAUCUUAGCAAUUUCAAGAAUAUUGCAUUCCAUUUUCACUUUUCCCCAGUCAGUUAAACAUCUUUUUUGGCCCAUUUUACCUGGACAACAACAGCAGCAAUUGCCUAAUAAUUAUGCACUUAUUCUUAAAUCCAAUAAGCUUUCAACUUUAUAGAGUGGAGUUGGAAAAUGUGCAUAAAAAUGAAAAUAUGGUCAAAAACACUCAUGUGCAUAAUACUUGUGCACAUGGUGUAUUUUCUGUGAAGGUUGAGGCUUUGAUUUAGGCUGAAAGCUAGUGAGAAUCCUUCCACUGACACAAGCAGAGAAAAUAUGUCUCCUUAAAGUUCCAAUAACUUGUCCUUAAUUGUAUUUAGCCAUCAGCUCUGUCUGCCAUCAGUGACUCAGGAAUGUAAAGUCAUUCCUGUCACGUGGCAUCGAUGGCAGCCCUGUGAACACACACGCAUGUAUGAGUCAGCCUGCGCUUCAGCAUCCCAGCUGCAUCCCAGCUUGCGCACACACACUUUAACGUCAGCAUCUGUCAUUGCUGGAGAAAAAUCUAUGUUUUCCUGAAGAGGCUGCAGCGCUUCUAUUGAGUUUCCUGUUUUCACUGUGAGAUACCAGUGUUGUUCUGGUCUCUGUUUAUUGAUGCACCGCGAGAGAUACCCCUGCUUCUGAUUUGGCAGAACAAACAUUUGCUGUAAUUGAUACUGGCAGGAGGAGGAAGUGCUCAAUAAGAAAGUAUUGUUCUCCCACUGGAAUGGAUUCAAAUGGCUACAGUGAGCGCUCUGUGAGAAGCGUCAGAAUAAAUUUAAAACAUAUACUCGCGGACAUUUACAUGUGACCUGUGUGGGAAGCAUUUUUCCAUACCACUCAGGUACUGUGUGUCCAAAUGAAUUAAGCAGAAAGUGCUUGGCUCAUCAAAUGUAUUAAUGAUGUUUCAGCGAUGGAUGUGCUUUCUGUCUCCAUUAGUCAAAGAAAUGUAAAAAUUGGUUGGGCAUUUUUAAACUUACAACGACGGAUGAACACUUAGCAGAAUUUAUGGUCUCCUCUGUCCUGACAGCCAUAAUGACUUAUGCAAAUUGGAGGUUAAGUGCUGAGAUGAGGCAGUUCAGCAAAAACAUGCACGUACCACCCAGGAUGGAUGGAAAGGUGGAGGGAAAUGCAGAUGGAAGGGUAAACUGUGACCGCUUGACAUUUGCCCAGCAGACGUCUUUAUUUGUCGAGCGGGAUACGGCGAGCUUGUGUUGCUAUGUAGCGCAAUUAACGUCUGGAGAUAUCUAAAAAUGCACUUGAUUAAAUGAAUUGAAAAAUCUAACAGAUACCGUGGGUGAAAAGUGCCACCUCAUGUUUAGCUUGAUCUCACAGUGAUAUAUUUGCUCUGUGACUAAAAGAUGAUAAUAAAGUUUUAAGAGUUUAGACAGCCAGAUGGUUGGGAUCUGACUCCCAUAACCCUGUCAGAUAGACUCAAAACCCCUUCAGCAACACAGCCUCUUAUUUAAACUCAUUUCAAACUAGAUAUGGACCACUUUAGCAAUUACAUGGAGCCUGAAAGGAGUUGAGGUUAGAUGUUCUGGGUAUGUUAUGCUGGGAGGAGGCCCCGGGCCAAACCCAGGAAAAGCUGGAGAGGUUACAUCUUUCGACUGGCUUAGCCCAGAAGAGCUGAAGGGGGUGGCAGGGAGAUGGAGGAGGUGAGGGACUGCUUAGACCUCUGCGACCCAGAUGGAUGAAUGGCAUUUUUCAGUUGUAGUGGAGACAGUUUAAAAGGGACUCACUGCACCCAAAAGAAGUCUGGUCAUAAAUCUAUAGGAGAAAUUCUGUCCCAAAGAGCCAAUCAAAAGCUGAGCUGGGAAUUACAGGAACCAGUUGUGCUGCUGUACACAGUAGAACUUCACUACACUUUCAGCUGGAGCCUGGAGCCUAUGUAUUGUUAGCCUUGGCUUACUGUACCUGUAGCAUAAAUUUACAUGACAUUUGUUCACUGCUCUUAGUUAAUAAAGCUCAGUGUUAACUUUGCACACAUCUAGCAGAAGGAUAACUUUCUGUAAAUGUAAAUGUCCGAAGUGAAGGCAAACUUUUUAAGCACUUCUUCUGGGACCACUGACGAGCUCUCUCCCCAUUAAUUUAGGUAAGUGUUUUUUAAAUAUUACAACAGAAAGCAUGAUAGCUGGACAUCCUGGUCUGUAAAGUAAAGCAGACAGGGAAGAUUCUUAAACCUGCAUGGCUUCAAAAAAACCUGGAAAUGUAGCUGAAGCCCUGAAGUCAUGUCCCUGGUCAAAACUGAUCAUGGCACAACUGCAAAAAAAAAAAAAAAGAA